UCCCCCUCGGUGGUUGCAACAUCAUAUCCACAGUUCUGCGUCCUCAACCGCAGUCGCCUUUUAUGCACGAGCGAGUGGAGAAUAGUGCAAGAGACCAACUCGCAUUUGGCUCUUACCUUGUUCAUAUUACUCCCAUUACAUUUGGACUUGUCUUUCCUCAUCAUCUGUGGAGCUACUUGCCUUCUUUGACUGGACUAAUAGCCUACGGGCAAACGUCGUGCGAAACGAAGAGAUGAGAAUUGUGUCCUGAAACCACAUAUUGAUAAAUGCUGCUUUAGAGUGAAGACGUGCAAGGCACCAGCCGACACAUGGAGUCCAGGGUUCCCCACCACAUCCCCGGAGUGUCAUCCUCCCUCAUAUCUCCGCCCUUGCUGGACAGUCGAGUACCCUACGGCCGUCUUCAGCACCCUCUCACCAUUUACCCCAUUGACCAGAUAAAGUCAUCACACGUGGAGAACGACUACAUCGACAGCCCCGCCGUUGUUUCUCAACAGCCCCUAAGCCAGAAGUCGGCAAGCCGAAGAAUUACCUGGCUUGGUCAGAAUCAGGAGGCCUUCCUUGGUGCAAACCACAACCAUCAUCAUAAUCACCAACAUCAGCCCCACCAGCAGGGCAGGUGUGAGCCCCAUCCUCACCAGGACACCACCACCCAUCCUUGGAUUUCCUUUAGUGGAAGGCCCAGCUCUAUCAGCAGCAGCAGCAGUACUUCAUCUGAUCAGAGGUUGUUGGACCAUGCUGCACCUACACCAACAGUGGACCACCACCCAAAUUUGCACCCUCACCAUGGUCCUGUCAAUGCAAUCAGUACCCGACCUUCCUCUGAGUCUAAAGUUCUCACCUCCUCUUCCUCUGCUUCCUCCUGCUCCUCUUCCUCUAAAUCGCUGGACCUCAAGUCUUCAAAGAUUCCAGCAGGAGGUGUGUGCUCCACUGGGGACCAGCAAGGGUUGGUGCUAAUACCUUCCUCCCCAACUGAGAAGAAGCACCUCCUUCUCUGCGAGCACUGUGGGAAGUGUCGAUGUACUGAGUGUACGCUCCCCCGAACCUUACCCUCCUGCUGGGUCUGCAACCAGGAGUGCCUGUGCUCUGCUCAGAGCCUGGUGGACAUGGCCACCUGCAUGUGCCUGGUCAAAGGGAUCUUCUACCAUUGCACCGAGGAUGAGGAUGAUGAGGGUUCCUGUGCCGACAAGCCCUGCUCAUGCUCCCAGGCCAACUGCUGCGCACGCUGGUCCUUCAUGACCGCCCUCUCUGUUGUCCUUCCCUGCCUGGUUUGCUAUCUACCAGCAAUGGGCCUGGCCAAACUGGGACAAAAGUGUUAUGACAAUGUUAGCAGACCUGGCUGCCGCUGCAAGAACUCACAGGGUGGCGUGAGUGUCCCUGUGUGUAAAAAUGGAGGCAUGGAAGCAAAAGUUGGGACAGAAAAGCAGCAGCAGGGUUCAUGAUAGUGGACCAAACUGUCUGGUGGUGGCCUUGCUGAAAUAAAAAUGGACAAGACCACACAGUAUUUGUUCAGUUUGUAUGGAAAGGACAAUCCAACACCAAUUCAUUAAACUACCCGAUUAAUCUGCUGGAAGAUGACUUAUGUAGAACAAAGGUACUUAAAUGGCUUCUUGACCUAUGUUUGAUAGUGUGGAUGAGCAGAAUGGGUCUUCUGAGCAAGCGUUAGCUAGUAGGAACAGCUAACAGGCCCUCUGAGAUGUUUUUAUUGUUAUUUUUUGUAAGAGUGACUCAAAAAGAAGAGGCUAGAUUGUGGGACUGGUGUUCUGUGUUGUGCAAAAAUGGCUUAAGGCACAAAGUCAUUGUACCUCUCUGCUGCUCAAUAUUUCUCAGCUAAUUUUGUAAUGCUAACUAACCAGAAGCUGGUUGCUGAUCCUCAUAUAAGAACUUAUUGAUGGAGUUGAAUAGAAAAUUCCCCCCCAACCACCUCUAAAAGCACAGCCCAGUGUUAAAACAUGAAAACAAAUAAUUAUCCACUGAAUAAUGUGGCUUUAUGACAAGCCAUUGCAAGAGACCCCAUACUCUCACAAUAUUGAUGAUCACCAUCAUUUAGUCUUGCCAUUUUCCGAUUACACCUUAAAGAUGCUAGCUUGCUAACAUUUUAUUCCAAGGUUUUUAUCUCCAUGGAUGAGCUGUAAAAACAAAACCUUUUUAGACCUUAAAAUGAUAGUAAUUUCCCAAAAUUCUCAUUCUGUAUUGUGCGUAAGCAGUUGUGCUGCAAUUGAGAGAUAAUCACUUUACGGUGUGUUUUCUGUUUUUGGGUGGUGAAGCUUAGACAUUCUGAAAUAUUCUGAAUGCUGAUCACCAGUCACCUCAGAUGUAAUGCAUGUCACGAUCUGCAUGCUUUAGUCUAAUGGUUACCCACCGUGCUAGAAGUGGAUUUGUAGUAGAGAAAUGUGUUUUAAAGAAAAAAAAAGAGAGAGAGAAAAGAAAAAGUACACCCAACCUUCUCAGGGACUGUUACAGUAAUCUUCUUUAGAACUUGGCCUACUGCACGUUGAUUUCUAAACUGCCUAAGAGCCUAGUCUACUUCCUCUUUGCACAAAAAUGGCAAAGAAACAUUGAGGGGCAAAAAGGCAAUAGUGAAUAAUUUAAAGCAAGUAAGCUAAGUGAGAAACAAAUGGGCCAGAAAAUAACGUUUCCGGAGGAGAGAGGAUGCAGGUGAUAGAGAGAGAAGAGAGGGGAGGGAAGGCUAAGCAAAGUUGUUGUUGUACUCCAGUCAGCCUUUGUCAAAUUCAAACCUGCCACUUGCACAGCCUUUUUAGGACCCCUUAAAGGAUGUACGAAAGCACAGUAUUGACCACCUCAGCCAUCUCACAUUAUGUUGGCCUACACAUUUAGUCCAAACACCCCUGUUCCCCUUUAAACACUCGUCUAAAUGAGUCUGUUGCAUAGCUGCAUAAGUCAGGAUAGUCUCCCUUUUCUUCUUAAAGUCUAUUUUUGUGGCUUGCAUGACCUUCUUAGGACUUUGCCAAAGGAAGCCAUUAUACGGUAGCAUGUUUUCACAGUCUGAGUGAUCACAGUUGUUAUGCACUCUUGCCAAAUGGAGUUGACGGCAGUUGGUCGUUAAAGGCAUGCUGCCCUUUAAUACAGAUGGCAGAUUCUGUUUGGCAUAAAGGCAUACUGGCUUUGUCGCUCCAUAACACAUGCCUUUCUGUCAAGUUGGGCCCUUAUCUUCCGUCAGGGUGCCUAAGUUUGCUCAUAUUUGUAUUCGUUUUGUUGCACAAAGCAGAUAUUAAGUAGGAAAAGAACAGGAAAGACACAAAAAAAAAAAAAAAAAAAAAAAAGGUACUUAGUAUUGAAUGUAUGAGGCAAUAUUUUCAAAACCUAGCAAUUCAGUUUGAGAGAAAGGUGCCAAAACUGAGAAAGAAUAUGUGACUGGGCAAAGGCCUAGUAGGCGUAGGUGGGCAGCAAAAAUCACAGAUGUUUUGACAAUAUAUUUAGUAAUAGAGCUAUGCAGGUGAAAUGUUAUUUGCUGUAAAUAGUUUCACAACAUUUGUGUUCUUUAGAAGAGACUUUUAAAUGUCUUCGAAAGAUUGCAUGGUACAUUAUAACUACAAUUCAGUACAAAGUAUAUAGAGAAUAUAUUAGAUAUAUAUUUUGAGGGUAAGAAUAAGAUGUUUUUGAGGUUGCAAGGAAUGGAAAAGGAGAAUGGUGAGAAGAGGGAUCUGGAAACAA